UGCCCACUCAUAGACUUUUGGUUGUCAUGGCAACAGCAGAACUGCGCUCUGGUGUGUGCGUGAGCCUCCGCCAGUGCCGCAAGCACAGGCACGAGAGUCUUUCGUAGGGGGCGGGACCAGUUUCGCUGCAGAGGGAUGCUCCGCAGCCCCACGCUGAACCAACCAGUUUGGAAAGCCCUGCUGACAGGCACGUAACGCACACACACACACACACACACACACACACACUUAGGUUGACUGCAACCAAACCCCCUCAAGCUCCCAGCAUCUGUGCUACAUCUUUCCUCCUCUCCUCCUCCUCCUGCUCCUCCUCUUUCUUCUUCUUCUUCUUCUGCUCCUUCUUCUUCUUCUUCUUCUUCUUCUCCUCCUCCUCCUCUCUCACUCCGAAGCUACGUCCACCGCAGCUCUGACUCACUCAGCUCUCCUUUUCCCAAUCCGCGCCAACCGGAGCCGAACCGCACAGCUCGGGAACAUGUCCUCCAACCUGCCCCCCGGGACCGCAGCCGCGGCCAAAGGCAAGCCCCUCUCCCCCUUCAGGAAGCGGGGCAGCCUGCAGUACACAGCCAGCACAGUUGAUCUCCGUGGUGGCCGCCACCUCCUCACUUCCCAGCAUUCUUUGCCUGGCAUCCCCGUGGCCUUGAAACAAUCCAUUGACCUGCGUACAUCCAUGGAUGGGAAGUAUAAGGAGAUUGCUGAGGAGCUGUUCUCCCGCACUCUGGCAGACAGUGAGAUGCGCAGCGCUCCCUAUGAGUUUCCUGAGGACAGCCCCAUCGAGCAGCUGGAGGAGCGACGUCAACGCCUCGAGCGACAGAUCAGCCAGGAUGUCAAGUUUGAACCCGACAUUCUCCUGCGAGCCAAACAAGAGUUCAUGAAGACUGACAGUGCCACAGAUCUCGAAUACAUGAAGGAGCAAAGCCAAGCCCCUGACCUGCAGGAGAGGGAACUGGUUCCAGAGAGAGAGUACCAGAGAGUCACUAUUUCUGGAGAGGAGAAAUGUGGGGUUCCCUUCACAGACCUGUUGGAUGCUGCCAAAUGUGUGGUGAAGGCUCUGUUCAUUAGACAGAAGUAUAUGGGCCUGUCGCUGCAGAGCUUCUGCAGGACCACCGCUCGUUACCUGCAAGAGCUGAGUGAGAGACCUCUGGACUUGGAUAUCUAUGAGGAGGAGAUCCCAGAGACCACAGUCACUGCAGAUGCCACAGUGCACCCACCUGUUUCAGAAAUGCACCCCUAUGAGAACCAGGACCCUGCCAGCAUGCCCCCUGACAUGGGUUACGGCUGCAAGAUGGUGGACGGCGUCAUGCAUGUGUACACGACAAGGAACACUAUGGAAAAGAGCACAGAGCUGGACCUGCCAUAUCCAGACCUGCAGGAGUACAUUGCUGAUAUGAACGUCAUGAUGGCCCUCAUUAUCAACGGACCAGUAAAGUCCUUCUGCUACCGUCGUCUGCAGUAUCUUAGCUCUAAGUUCCAGAUGCAUAUCCUGCUGAAUGAGAUGAAGGAGCUGGCAGCGCAGAAGAAAGUCCCACAUCGAGACUUCUACAAUAUCCGUAAGGUUGACACACACAUUCACGCCUCGUCCUGCAUGAACCAGAAGCACCUUCUGCGUUUUAUCAAAAGGGCCAUGAAAAAAUAUCCUAAGGAGAUCGUGCAUGUGGAACGAGGCAAAGGUCAGACACUCAUGGAAGUUUUUGAAAGCAUGAACCUGACGGCCUUCGACUUGAGUGUGGACACCCUGGACAUGCAUGCGGACCGCAACACUUUUCAUCGCUUUGAUAAGUUCAACGCCAAAUACAAUCCCAUUGGCGAGUCCAUCCUGAGAGAGAUCUUCAUCAAAACAGACAACCACAUCGAGGGGAAAUACUUUGGUCACAUUAUCAAGGAGGUGAUGGCCGACCUGGAGGAGAGCAAGUACCAGAAUGUGGAGCUCAGGCUGUCGAUCUACGGCCGCUCCAGAGAUGAGUGGGACAAACUGGCCAAGUGGGCCGUCAAACAUUGGGUCUACUCCAACAAUGUGCGCUGGCUUGUGCAAGUGCCUCGACUCUUUGACGUCUACCACACAAAGAAACAACUGAGCAACUUUCAAGAGAUGCUGGAGAAUAUCUUCAUGCCUCUGUUCGAGGUUACAGUGAACCCCGGCAGCCAUCCAGAGCUGCACCUCUUCCUGCAGCACGUUGUUGGCUUCGACAGUGUGGAUGAUGAGUCAAAACCAGAGCAACAUAUCUUUAACCUGGACAGUCCGCUGCCAGCCAACUGGACAGAGGAGGACAACCCGCCCUAUUCAUACUACCUCUACUAUAUGUAUGCAAACAUGACUGUGCUGAAUCACCUGCGCAGGCAGCAGGGGUUUCACACACUUGUCCUUCGUCCUCACUGUGGGGAGGCCGGGCCGAUCCAUCACUUGGUUUCUGGUUUCAUGCUGUCGGAGAACAUCUCCCACGGGCUGCUGCUCAGGAAGGCUCCUGUGCUGCAGUAUCUGUACUACUUGGCCCAAAUAGGCAUCGCCAUGUCCCCUCUCAGCAAUAACAGCCUGUUCCUCAGCUACCAUCGUAAUCCUCUGCCAGAGUACCUAUCCAGGGGCCUCAUGGUCUCCCUGUCCACAGAUGACCCACUGCAGUUUCACUUCACCAAGGAGCCCUUGAUGGAAGAGUAUAGCAUCGCUGCUCAAGUUUGGAAGCUGAGCUCCUGUGACAUGUGUGAGCUGGCCAGAAACAGUGUGCUGAUGAGCGGAUUCUCUCAUAAGGUGAAGAGCUCCUGGCUCGGCCCAAACUACAUCAAGGAGGGCCAGGAGGGCAACGACAUCAGGCGCACCAACGUCCCUGACAUCCGUGUGGCGUACCGGUAUGAGACCAUGUGUGAGGAGCUGAAUUUAAUCACGCAGGCCAUCCGAACAGAUGAGCUGGAGACCAUUGAGGAGGAGGGGAGUCUGUGUAUGGGAGCUGUGCAGGGAGAGAAGUGAGCCAUGCAGCACAGCAUCCCCUGUUUUCACAUCACAAACUUUGUGCAGAUCUGCUAAUCAACAUAUCACACCUGUGAAAGGAUAACAGCUUUGUUACAAGAAGAUUAUGAGGCAGAAUGAGAGAGGACCUACAAUCUGUGUACCCAACGUGUUUCCUUCCUUUUGUUUCUCUGAGUCAACUUUUGUUUAUUUUAUCUUGGUGAUGUUGAUGUCUCUUGAUCUAUUUAUUUUAAUAUAAUUAUAAUUUCACAGUUUCUGUUUCUACAAAGUCAGUAUUCCCUGUACCGAGCACUGAAUAAUGUUGACAUUCAAGAUUCAACCCAUUAAUAAAACUUAGAAACUGGAUCUAACUGAUGGUUGGAAGACAAUCUGGAAAGAUUUUGAAAGAACCUCUGAUAUGUACAAGCCUGUAGCUCCCGCUGAAGACACUGAGGUCAUGUUCUUGGUCACCUUUUGGCAAUUUGGGGGUUUAACUUACCUUUGGGGAAUUUACAUCAUACAUUUAAAAAAUAUAUGAUGGAUAUUUUCUCAGGCUGGUUCCAGUAUUUUAAAUGUGUAGCAUGGAGAAUAAUUAUUGGUGCAAAAUUAUCUUAUAGGUUUGUAAUUUCCUCAUAAUUUCCUAGCAGAUUUCCUGGAAAAAACUAAACUGGCCUCUAAAGGUUAAGUGGUUACUGAGUGGAGAUUAAAGUGGGUCACACCACACAAACUAGUCUUUACAUAGAGAUUAGUUGUUAGGUAAGUAUAAUGUGAAACUGCCUGUAUACUAACAUUACUAACUCUGACCCACUUAGUUCUCAAUGUAUGUAUAAAUAAAACCAAGUCAUACCUCCAAAGGACUGGCAGUUACAUGUAAAGUAUUGUGAUUUAAUAAAUCGCAACUUUUAAAACUAUCCAAGGCAUACUGGAAAGGACACAGGCAGGACAUACCAGGAAUUCAGCAAAAACUUCACACGCAUACGUUCUUUAUAUUUUAAUAAAAGUUGCAAACAAAAGCUAACUGCAUAAAUAAAAUCAGAAAAAUCCAUACAAUAGAAUAACUUUUGACAUGUGAGAUGGUCUGCGACUGAUGACCUCAGUAUGUUUGAAAUCUUGACUGGCCCAGACUAUCAAUGAACAAGUCAUUUGUUCAACCUUAAAAAUAUGCACAGUCAAAUUCGAAACACUUCAUGAAUUUGUGGCUUUUUCGUCGACAUUUCUUACAGUAACAGCACAAUACCUUGUGCUGCAUAACAGAUGGAAAAACCUUUUUCUUCAGUUUUCUUUACUAGUAAAGAUCUUACCAAUGUCCCAUAGCUGUUUCCUGUCACAUUCUUUCUGGGUUUUUUUGUUGUCCAGACAGUGAUUCAGCAGGGUUGCAUGACGGCGCGUUAAUAUUUGUUUAUUGUACGCAUUGGAGCUACUCAGUUGUAACAUCUGAUAUUCUAUCUUGUUUUGUGAUAUUGUUUCUGCUGACAUUAACUCUGAUCUGAUACCAGAUGACCUCCACGAACAGAUGUUUCAAAUACAUACAUUUCUGAGUCAUAGUACAGUGAAUGAUGCAUGACCUGUUCCCUCGGCCUCACCCCCCAGCACCAAUUCAACCAGUGCCAAAUUCCUGAAAUAAACACAUUUUUAGAGAACUGAAAGUCGACUAAAUUGACAAACCCUUUUCAGUCUUCUGACCGGUCCUAAUGUUAUCUGUGGAGCUGCUUGUUGUUGUUCAAAAGCACUACAUGUUCCUCCCAGACAAUUAUAUGUGCUGUUUGUGAAAUAUUAUUUAAUGCCAUUUGUGUCUGUGAAGAAUAAAUGUUGUUCACCUUG